UUAUUUUUCCAGAUAAUAAAUCUAGUGUGAAUUUUACAUUAGUUUUCUAGCUGCUUGGAAGGUAAUAAGAAAUAAAUAAAAUAAUUGUAUACCUACUUUUGGGCCACCCUGUACGUAUACAAUGAACUACUGUUAAACUACUAUUAGGUAUCUAUUAUCUUCUUUUUAGAUGUUAAUGUGUCUGUUGUAUAAUGAAGCUUUCAUACAUUUAGUUAUAAAAAAUAUAGAGCGCACUGAAUGCACAAAUAUAACAAAUACUUUGAAUCACAGGUGUUUAGGAAUAAUUGUAGGCUAGUAUUUAACUCUUGGCAUUCGUACCUUCUACUCUCAAAGUACAUCAACAUAACUUCACACCUUUUCAAAUUAUAUUAGCCAACCAAGAUGAAUCAUGCUGGGAAGGUUGUCUGCAACUCUUCUAGAUUCAAAAAGACGAGAUCAAUUCUUCACCGGCUAAACAUUAGAAAGCAGAAAAUUGCAAAUUUUUUCUCAACAUCUACUGUGAUGGAAAAAGAUUUCACUCAUAUCAUUGUUGGUGCAGGUUCUGCAGGAUGUGUGUUAGCGAACCGCCUUACCGAGGACUCGUCAAACAAUGUCUUGUUGGUUGAAGCUGGACCUAAAGAUACGAUAAUGAACAGCAUGAGAUUGUUAUGGAAGAUACAUAUGCCUGCAGCACUUACUUAUAAUUUGUGUGACGAUAAAUAUAACUGGUACUAUCACACAACUCCUCAAAAGAAUGUUGAUAACCGUGUAAUGUAUUGGCCCAGGGGUCGUGUCUGGGGUGGAUCAUCAUCUCUCAAUGCCAUGGUUUAUAUCCGUGGUCAUGCUUUUGAUUAUAAUCGAUGGCAAGAUGAGGGGGCAGAAGGAUGGGAUUACGAUCAUUGUUUACCUUAUUUUAAAAAAGCUCAGACUCACCAGUUAGGUGCUGACACAUAUAAAGGUGGUGACGGCCCCUUGAACGUUUCUCGAGGUGACACAUCUGGACCAUUGUAUCAGGCAUGGAUUGAGGCAGGAAAGCAAGCAGGAUAUCCAUAUACUGAUGAUUUAAAUGGAUUUCAACAGGAAGGUGUUGGUCCAAUGGAUAUGACGGUUCAUAAAGGUCGUAGAUGGAGUGCUGCUACAGCUUAUUUGAGACCUGUAUUAGGGAGAUCAAAUCUUCAAACAGAGGUACAAUGUUUUACAACUAAAAUCAUAUUUGAUGGUAAAAAGGCAGUUGGAAUAGAAUGCAUGAUUAACGGUCAAAGAAAAGAAUUCAGAGCUUCAAAUGAGGUUAUUUUAUCUGGUGGAUCAAUCAAUUCUCCACAGUUAUUAAUGUUGUCUGGAAUUGGUAACGCUGAUGAUCUGAAUAAAUUAGACAUUCCUGUUGUUGAGAAUUUACCGGGUGUCGGUGAAAAUUUACAAGAUCAUAUAGAAGUUUAUGUUCAAUACAAAUGUAAAAAGCCAAUCACGCUGUACAGUGCUCAACAACUUAUAAAUAUGAUUCCUAUUGGUGCUGAGUGGUUGUUAAAACAGACAGGCAUGGGAGCAACGACACAUCUUCAUGCUGGAGGAUUUAUAAGAAGUAAACCAGGAGUUUCACAUCCUGAUAUUCAGUAUCAUUUCCUACCCUCUCAAGUUAUUGACCAUGGUAGAGUUGAUCCAGAAUUCCAUGCAUUCCAAGCACAUGCCGGUACUAUGAGAGAAUCAAGUCGUGGUUGGUUGAAAUUGAAGUCAAAGAAUCCUAAAGAUCAUCCAAUUAUUGAACCAAAUUACCUCAGUACCGAGGAAGACAUUGUUGACAUGAGAAAUUGUGUGAAACUGACCAGAGAAAUAUUUCAACAAAAGGCAUUUGAUGAAUUGAAAGGAGAAGAAUUAAGACCUGGUGCAGAGGUACAGUCAGAUUCAGAAAUCGAUGCAUUUGUUCGGAAAUAUUGUGAUUCAUCCUACCAUCCCUCAUGUACUUGUAAAAUGGGAGCGGAGUCUGAUAAAAUGGCAGUCGUCAACAAUGAAGGCCAGGUUUAUGGCCUUGAGAAUCUACGAGUAAUAGAUGCCUCUAUCAUGCCAAGUGUCGUAAGUGGCAACCUCAAUGGUCCUACGAUUAUGAUUGCUGAAAAGAUUGCAGAUAGACUUCGUAACCGUGAACCCCUUCAUAUGCCAAACACUCCCGUUUAUCAACCAAAAUCUUUGUCAGCGCAACGCUAGAUGUGAUAAGAUUUCCAUUGUCAACAUGCCAACUAUUUCUGUAAAUUUUCAGGAAAUGUACUUAUUCUGGUGCUAUUAUAGCGUGAGAUCUACAUUAAGCUAAUAGUUUAUCUUGAGAGAUACCGCUGCAUUUUUCAUCCCAUCUCCAUCCCAUUUAAUUUGGCUGGAAAUACUUAAUUUGUAUAUGUGCUAGGAAUGAUUUAAUUAGAUAAUUAAGCAUUAUAAAAACUACAUAUUCAAGGAAGAAAGGUAUAAAAAAAUGGUAGCGCUGUUUUUUCUGUCAGAAUGUCUCUUCUAUAAAACUCUACAACAUUUUGAAUUGCCCUCAAUCAAUGUCAACUUGAUCAGAUAGUGGAGGAAUCUGAUUUAGGAACUCCAUAUUGCUCCCUUGUUUACAGGGCAGCAGAUCCUGGGGGAAGCAGUAGUCCUCAGACUGCACCUGAUAGGUAACAAAUGGCUCUAGACCUCGUGCUACAGUAACACCCAUUAUUCUGUAGUAGUCUUGGACCAUUCCAAUUGCAAUCAUGCGUAAUCUGUAAAGAAAAUAUUUAGCUAAAUUAAGGCCAUAUCGAGCAGAAAAAAAUUUAUAGUGUAAUUUAUGAAGCAAAACGAAAUCGCAAUUGAUUAUUCAUUUUCUGUAGGUUUGUAAGUAAAUGAGAUCACCUAAAAUGAAUCAUAAAAUUAAUUAACAAACUCUAUGCAAAAUAUGAAAUUUAACACUGCUUUGUGAUGUCCAACAUCAAAACUUUGGUGCUAUGAUAUUUUUCUAUAAAUAUUUCAUAACAUACUAGUCUUCAAUGAAAUUUCAAACUUUAUACGCAAAAUCGUACAUUUACAUCAUAAUUUAUUUGUUGCAUGCAAUAUCAUUUUUAAAGUCGUCAGCAUUUAGACUAAUAGCAAUAACAUAGAAAGACGCUAUAUAAAUGAAGUGGGAUUUUGUUACUGCAUUAAUUUAGAACUAUUGUUAAUAAUUUUAUUCAACAUUUUAUGGACGUUAUUACCAAUAUUGAAUUGUAGAGGGAGCAAAGAAAUCAGGUUUCCCAAAAGUGAUUUGGUCAUAUCAAAUACAGCUCGAGAAAUCUCAAAUUAUUCAUUUUGACUCGGUUCAUUGACAUUUUUUAAACGCUGUGUGGCUAGUGACUUGACUCAAAAUCAGACCAGACAAACAGGUAAAGAAAUUGAAGUCUUGAAGACUUCACUCAAUUGUAGUUAGGGGUUGGUUGAUUCCUUCUUUGAAACCACGUUUGAAUUUUUAUAAAUUUUCAAUAUUCGUAAGAUUAUUUAUUCAAUAUUCGUAAGUGUAUUUCAUUAGUUUAACACUUUAACAAUAAGAUACUAAUUCCAUGAUGUGAAUGAGAUGAAAAAUGUUAGGUUUUUUGUUUUAACUUCAAGUAUAUGUAUUUCCAGAUUUGGUAAAAAUUCAUGGUGUGGUGUUCGGAAAAAUAUGCAUGUUGAGGAUCGAAUUACUGCCUAGUUAAACAUUUGUUAUUCUUGAAAUGAAAUAAAUUUUGUGGAAUUAAUUACAUUGAAGCUAUACCCCCAAUCAUAUAAGUUUGAACUACUUCAAGUCUUGAAGGAAUCAGCAUUUUCUGGCCCAUUAUUCCCAAUUUCUAAAUGGUUCCCGUCUGUAACUCUGAUCAGAGAUGAAUAUUCUUUACUCCUGAGUGUACACCCCUUGCUUUGUACUUGAAAAAUUCUGGAAUACCACCUAUUUGGAUAAUAACUUUUUCAUACCAGCUCGUUUUUUUUUAUUUUGAUUUGGUUCGUUCAUUGACAAUACCUCAAUGUUAUCUGUAUCAUAAUAUCUCCUUUUAAACUACCUAAAAAUCCUUUCAUUUUUCAAAGGAAUACAUGGGAUGAACCUGGCUUAUCAUUGUCCAAAUUACGUUUUACAUCGCCGAUUCUAGCAAGGACGUUAAUUUUUACAAUAUGCGGCAGUUCUUGCUUUUUCAUACUUGCAUUCGAUCAAUGUAAUGAUUCAUUCUGAUUCAAGUGUGCAAUUCUCGUGUAAUGAAAUGAUUUUGUGUA